AUUGUUGGCGAGUUCACCAAGUGACCUCGCUCGUUGGGCUCGGCAUUGCGCUCAUCGAAAAGAGCGGCGACAUGUCGGUUCGUUCUGACUAUAAAGAGCUACUUUUCACAUUCGGCGUUCCUAUACCGGAAUACUUGGUCGGAGGAUUAGGCGCGAUAGGUACGGCGAGCCAGACUCCGUGACAGUGAUACUUGUACUCGCCGGCUAGCGCAUCGAGCCGCAAUAACAGAGUCGCGUCUCGCUCAGUCGGGAUUCGAUUUCGACAGGAGUUCGGUGCUGCGCCUUGCCUCCUCGAUGAAAUGAACUUCGACUCGGAUCAUCCCGACUUCCAUCACGUCCUUGACAACAGAGCGGGAAUCCUCGAAACGUCAGACGAGCGAGUGAAUCGAGAGACUGAGCCGCGAGACCCGUAUCAUGUGGCGGCCGCGACACUGUUCCUUUUCGGCAUCGCAUCCUUGCUACCUUGGCAUUUUUUCAUCAGUGCUACCAGCUAUUGGGACUAUAAAUUCCGUGACUUGAACAACUGCACGGCGAGGAGCAGGCUCCAGGAUGACUUCUACGUUUAUCUGUCGAUCGCAUCUAAGGUGCCUUACAUCAUAUUCCUUCUGGUCAACGCAAGGAUCACUCAAUACGUAGCACUUAGACAUCGUCUGAUCUGGCCACUGGUAGCGUGUAUCAUCUUAUUCGCCGUGGUCGCAGCCCUUGCCGAAGUGGAUACCGACGAUGAACAGUUUGUCUUCCUCGGCGUGACCCUGGGAUUGGUCGUCCUCAUCAACGUUUUCUGUGGGUUCCUGCAAGGCGCUGGCACUGGUCUUGCUGGAUGUCUUCCAUCUUUCUUCAUGGUCAUCAUGACCAAUGGUCAAGGUGUGGGCGGCAUUUUCGCCACGGUCUGUCAAUUGCUCUGCCUCCUUCUCAAUGUCUCGCCGCAAACUACCGGGGUGCUGUACUUCUCCAUUGCUGUCGGCAUGCUGAUCAUGACUUUGAUCAUGUUCAUCAUUCAGCUCAAUCUGUCGUUCACAAAACACUACCUCUCGAAACAAGCGACAGCUACUUUGAAUUCCACCCGGCGGGUUGAAAUCGAAAUCCCAUAUUGGAGAAUCUUCUGCCAGGGCUGGGAGUUGUACAUCGGAGUUGUUGUGAUCUAUUGGGUGACAUUGGCUGCUUUCCCCGCCCUUUGCGGUCUCAUACAGUCUCCCUUGAUAUCUUCUGACAGCAUUCACGCUAACAACGUCUUCAAAAACCUGGCUUGCUUCAUGAAUUUCAACCUCUUCAGUGUAAUUGGGAGAGUCGCAUCAUCGUACUUGCCGGUGGGAUCAUCGCGGAAGCGUCUGAUUCUGAUGCUGUGCAUCUCGAGAGUCGUUUUCAUUCCUCUCCUAAUGUUGUGCAAUCUUUCGCCGGAUAAACGGCGUGCGAUUCCCGUGCUAUUCCCUGAAGAUUGGGAAUACGUUGUGAUAACCGCGAUGUUCGCGUUCACGAAUGGAUACACAACCAACUUGGUUAUGGUUUUCGCUUGCAAGACUACUAGCCCGGAAUACGAGGAAGUGGCCGGUUCACUCUCAGCAGUGUUCUUGGGUGUCGGGCUCUGCGUCGGUGCCCUCACGGGAUUCCCGCUGGUGAAAUUGCUUCAUCUGUGAAUUCCGUG